GCGAAAGGCCGCACCGCAUGAGGAAUCUACAAGAGCUCUAUAAGGUAACGGCAAACCAAGACAAUCUCACCUUAUUUUGUCUUUUUGCCGAUUGUGAACCGUUAGGUUUUGAAGAAGCGGUGCAAAGCAAGAAAUGGAGAGAUGCCAUGGAUGAAGAGAUUCAAGCAAUCAAGAAGAAUGACACAUGGGAGCUAGCCAAUCUUCCAAAAGGCCACAAAGCAAUUGGCGUGAAGUGGGUGUACAAAGCAAAGAAGAAUGCCAAAGGAGAAGUGGAGCGAUACAAAGCAAGACUUGUCGCCAAAGGAUACAAGCAAUGAGCUGGCAUCGACUAUGACGAGGUAUUUGCUCCCGUUGCUCGCUUAGAAACCAUAAGAUUAAUUAUUUCUAUAGCGACUCAAAUGAAAUGGAACAUCUAUCAAAUGGAUGUUAAAUCCGCUUUAUAAAACGGCUUUCUCGAAGAAGAAGUUUAUAUAGAGCAACCUAUGGGCUAUGAGGUGAAAGGACAUGAAAAUAAAAUUUUAAAGCUAAACAAGGCUUUAUAUGGUUUAAAACAAGCUCCAAGGGCAUGGAAUACUAGAAUUGAUAAAUAUUUCCAAGAACACCAUUUCACUAAAUGCCCUCAUGAGCAUGCCCUUUACACCAAAAUGGAGAAUGGAGAUAUUUUGGUUGUUUGCUUGUACGUGGACGAUUUGAUCUUCACCGGCAACAACCCAAGAAUGUUUGAAGAGUUCAAGAUAGCAAUGGCUCGGGAGUUUGAAAUGACGGAUAUUGGGCUCAUGUCAUACUAUCUUGGAAUCGAAGUAAAGCAAAGCAAAGGUGGCAUUUUCAUCUCCCAAGAAGGCUAUGUGAAAGAAGUGCUCGAGAAAUUCAACAUGGCUAAUUGCAAACCAAUUAGCGCGCCGGUGGAAUGCGGAGUUAAGCUGUCAAUGCUUGAUGAAGGAGAAAAAGUGGAUCCAACAUAUUUCAAGAGCUUGGUGGGGAGCUUGCGCUACUUGACUUGCACAAGGCCGGACAUACUCUUCGGAGUUGGACUGGUUAGCCGAUUCAUGGAGGAGCCAACUGUGACGCACUUAAAAACGGCAAAGAGGAUUCUCCGCUACAUAAAAGGUACACUUGAUUUCAGCCUAUUUUAUUCAUCAUCUAACAACUUUCGGCUUGUUGGAUAUAGUGAUAGUGAUUGGGCCGGAGACUUAGAUGACCGGAAGAGCACAACCGGUUUUCUAUUCUACAUUGGUGACACGGCGUUCACUUGGAUUUCGAAGAAGCAACCGAUUGUCACUCUCUCCACUUGUGAGGCCGAAUAUGUAGCUGUUGCCUCAUGUGUAUGUCAUGCAAUGUGGCUAAGGAGCUUACUAAAGGAGCUUCAUUUUGAACCAAAAGAAGCAACAGAGAUAUUCGUGGACAAUCAAUCCGCAAUAGCACUAGCCAAGAAUCCAGUCUUCCAUGAUCGUAGCAAGCAUAUAGAUACAAGGCAUCAUUUCAUAAGAGAAUGCAUGGCUAACAUGGAGGUCCGAAUGACAUUCGCAAGAUCAGAAGAUCAAAUUGCCGAUAUCCUCACCAAGCCACUCAAGUAUGAAGUCUUCUCCAAGCUAAGAAAUUUUCUCGGAGUUACUAAAUCAAGUUUAAGGGGGGAUGUUGGAGCAUAAACUUAAUUUGGUAUUUUGGCCCAAGAAAAAUAAGUCCAAGACAAGCCCAA